AAUUAAAACAUUGACAAGUAACAACAUGAAAUUAAUUAAUAUUAUUUUCCAAAUAUUUCCAAUCAUUGUUAUUGCAUGUGCAAAUAAAUCAUUCAAACAUUGUUUUGAUGUUUUAGAUAACUAUAAUGAGAAUCAAAUCAAAAAUAUUUAUAAUUUUACUCUUGAAAAAGUGGCAAAUACUUCCCCAGCUAAUAAGAUAUUUGAAUGUUACCUAAAGGAAACCCGACAAAAAGAAGUUAAAACAAUUGAUGAAAACUACUUCGAUAUCUUAUUAAAAUGCAAUGAAUACAAAAAACAACAAUUAUCUAAUUUGGAAUUGCACCAUAUUGAGGAGCUUAAAAAAAUGGGUUUACCUUUGUAUUUGGAACAACAUGUACGAAGUCGCAUAAAUGCUGGAGGAGGAAUGGGACAUGAACAAGUGAGGGAAAUUUUGAAAUACAUUGAAAAUGAUUUGACUGAAAAGAUUGAACUGAGUGAUCAAUAUACACAAUAUAGAAGUUUUGUACAUGCCAAAUUGACAUCAUUUGGAAAAUCUGGCAAAAAAUCAACUGCUACACAUGCUUCAAUCGUAUUUACCGUUUUAAUAGCUUUUUUAAUUAAACAAUUUUAAAACUUUAUUUAUUAAAUUGGGUAUAACAAAGAAAUACUCUUUGAACUCGCCUGCAGAAAGAGAAUAAUAUAAUGUACAUGUCAGGAUGCACUUAUUACAUCAUGGUACAUGUAUUUGAGCAUUUAAAAUUUUCACCAGACAUACAGAGUUUUAUAAAAAUUCAUAUAAUUUUAUUUGUUUGAAUUUUCAAUACAAAAAAAUGUAAUUUUGCUUCUAAAUUAAAUUCUACCACAACAAAAAAUAAAUGUCAAUAAUAAAUAAAAAAUAAAAUUUUCAGUUUGCUCAAAAUAAACGGAAUUUUAAAGAAAAAAUUUCGUAAAAGUAUUUUAAAAAAUUUUACUUUUUCUGCGGUCGGAUGAGAUUUUGCGUAGAACCCGCUAUUAAUUCGAAAACUAUUAACUAACCUCUUUUUUAGAGGACAAUCAUCUAAGUUGAUUUUUAACAUUUUUUUUCUCAGAUCUCAGCUUUUUCGUUAAUUUUAG